AUGUCCACUUCCCUGCUGUCUGGGGUGCUUAAGCGCAAGCACUCAGUGUGGUCUGCCCUCAAUGAUGGGAAUGCUUGCUGGAUUUUUCAUGGCCAAUCUGGCCAACUUGCAAUAGCCUUCACUGAAAUCACAAACAUCAGUCAUGUUACAGUAGCCCAUACUCCCUUGGAACUGACUGAUUCUGUUGACAUGGCUCCCUGGAAAAUGAUUUUGUGGGGAAUGGUUGAAGGGAAGGAAAAUUUAGAGAAGUACAAUGCUUUGCAUCAGAACACCACUGGGAUUCUCCUGGAACUCUUUCAAUCUGUGCUGGUGAUUACACACAACAUCGCAUUCAUUCUUUUAACAUCCUUUGACUAUAACGUUCAUACAACUCAACACAUCCAGUCAUUUGCCAUUCUUCCCGCAGUUGCAAAUGCAGGUAUGGAUUUUGGUGUUGUGGUAUUUGAGAUAUUGGAAAAUUGGGGUUUGUCUACUUGCUUCCAUCAUGUGGGGGUACAUGGAUGCCACACUAGACAUGUCAGCUGA